UCGGUAGAAAUGCAAAUUUUUGGAGCAAUUUUAGUAGCCAUAUCGGCAGGUGUGGUCAGCGGCCAGUUCAAUCUGCAUCACUGGACCGGAAGAUCCGGUGUAGUGAAUUUGUUCGAGUGGAAGUGGAGGGAUGUCGCUGUUGAAUGCGAACAAUUUUUGUCGGUGAAAGGCUUCGGAGGGGUUCUGGUGUCUCCACCGACCGAGAACGCUUUGGUGCUGAACCCUCGAAGACCCUGGUGGGAGCGAUACCAGCCAAUAUCUCACUAUCUGAACUCCCGCUCCGGAACGGAAGAUGAGUUCAUGGAUAUGGUGUCCCGGUGCAAUAUUAUAGGGGUCCGGGUCUACGUGGACGUGGUGUUGAAUCACAUGGCCGGGAUGACCGAUUAUGGAGGCGUAGGUGGAUCUUUGGGCAACGUGAGCCUGAUGUAUUACCCGGCAGUGCCGUACACUGCAAGCGAGUUCAAUCCGAAUUGUGAAGUUACUAGUGAUAGCAACCCCCUGGAGAUUCGGAACUGUCGACUUAACGGUUCUCCCGAUUUAAACCUUAACUCUGAGUGGGUACGUGAUAGAAUUGUUAACCUCCUCAAUAAGUUCAUUUCUUACGGAGUGGCUGGAUUCCGUAUAGAUGCGGCAAAGUACAUGUGGCCGGCAGAUUUGCAAAAUUUAUACAGCCGGUUGUUGAACCUUUCCGAGUUUCAUGGCUUUCCUCCAGGUUCUCGAGCGUUCAUUUCUCAACUAGUAGACGACACAAUUGAAUAUGAGAGUAUUUCAAAGUACGAAUACUCUCCAUUAGGAACAGUUAGCGAGUAUCUCUAUUCUCAAAAAAUUGGAUCAUUCUUCAGUGGGCAGCAACCACUUACGCUCUUACAAAACUGGGGACCAUUUUGGGGAUUUUUACCUUCCGAACGAUCGGUGGUGUUCAUAGAUAACCAUAUUAAUCAACGCAUUCCAUCGUCACCAAGGAGCCAUAUUCUGACUCAUAGAGAGUCCAAAUCUUACAUUCUGGCCAACGUAUUCAUGUUAGCUCAUCCCUAUGGACUACCUCAGGUGAUGAGUUCUUUUGAAUUUAACAACAUCGAUCAAGGUCCACCAUCGGACGCCAGUGGGAAUACAGUUUCACCGACAAUUUCCGAGGAAGGCUUUUGUGGAAACGGUUGGAUUUGCGAACACCGAUGGACACCGAUCGCUAACAUGGUGGGUUUCCGUAACGCAGUUGCUGAUACGUCGAUCUCGCUCUGGGUCGACAACGGAGCAUAUCAGGUGGCCUUUUGUCGAGGAAAUCGAGGUUUCGUAGCGUUCAAUUUGGAGGAUACCGAUCUGGAUCUUACGAUGCAAACCUGUCUCUCCGAAGGCACCUACUGUGACGUGAUUUCCGGGAGCGUGCUGAACGGUUCUUGUACCGGAUAUUCGGUACAGGUUGAUGCCAAUGGCUUAGCACGUAUUUAUGUGGCAGCUAGAGGAGGAUACGGAGCGUUGGCUAUUCAUGUAAAUUCGAAAGUUAUAUAA